AUGGUAACCACCAAGCGCAAGCUGUCUAACGUAGACAUUGAUGCAGAGAACCCCAACACCAAAAAGGGCAGCCUUCUUGGGUACGAUGCCCGGGCGCCAUGGCUCUUUGACUCCAAACCGUCGCUAGGUCGACGAACAGCUGGGAACCCCGCCGUUCAACAUACCCUUCCGCUGGCCAACAUGGUCUCCACAGUACAAGAUCUUAUUGAUCCGGAUUUUGACCCUCUCAUCGCAAUCCUUGAUGACGAACCGCGUUUCCUAAAGCCUCUACCUAGUCGGAUAUCAUCGGAAGACCUGGAGUUUCUGAGAUUUCGAGGCGCACUUUCGAUUCCCGAGAGCGGACUGCGGAAUGAGCUACUAAGAUGCUAUAUUCAAUGGGUGCACAGUUUCAUGCCGGUCCUGAAUCUGCAAGAGUUCCUGCGAUGUGUCGCAGAAAAUGACCCCGAAGGGAACAUAAGCCUCCUCUUGUUCCAAGCCGUGAUGUUUGUUGCCACGGCAUUCGUGGACUUUAAACAUCUGCAAGAUGCUGGUUAUACGACACGAAAGAGUGCACGGAAUGCUUUCUAUGAACGAUUAAGGUUGCUCUAUUCGCUCGACUGUGAAGAAGAUCGAAUCGCCAUCUUGCAGACGCUCCUCUUAAUGACGUAUUGGUCGGACCACGUCAACAACCCACAAAGAGACAUUUGGGAUUGGAUAGGAAUAUGCAACACGCAGGCCCACUCUAUUGGAUUGAACAGAGACCCCACCGCAUCCGACAUGGAUCCCAGAAUGAAACGGUUACGGGUCCGCCUGUGGUGGAGCUUGUACUGUCGAGACCGUCUUAUUGCCAUGGGGUUGAGGCGACCAACCCAGAUCAAUGAAGGAACCAGUAGCGUUCCGAUGUUGCGACUGGACGACUUUGACUUUGAGCCCUUUCAUCCGUCCGUGAUUGAGAUAUUUCGCUGCCGUCAACUGGAGGAUGUGUCCCACCAGAAACGACUAGCGACUAUGUUCAUUGAAAAAGCUAAGCUUUGCCAGAGCAUUGGCCGGGUAUUAUUCGCGCAAUACACAACAUCUCAGUGCCAGUUUGGUGUGACCAAUAGAACCACCAUUACACUUAUUCCGCGGCAGGCCUCGGAAUCUGAGCUGGCUCGAUGCAGCCAAAGACUGGACUCGUGGCUCAGCGCCCUGCCGAAGGAUGCGCAAUACAUUCCCGCAUCCAAAACCAACUUCACGGACGGAGAAGACGUUCUUCUACUUCAUGGUGCCAUGCUACGAAUGCUCUAUCAUGCGACCAUAAGCGCGCUGCACAGGCCGUGGGCUUAUGGCCGGGAUCCGGAUAAAUCGCGCGCUGAAAUAACGCAAACUGCGCGAUCGAAGAUGCACGAUGCAGCUUUAGGAAUCACACACAUUAUACAGGGGCUCAAUCAGUUAAAUCUGACUCGCUUCCUACCUCAAUCUGGCGUCACUGUGAUCAUACCAGCAGCCGUGGCACACCUGUCGAAUAUCAUGUCCAACAACCCCACCCUCCGAGAAACUAGCCUUCACCACUUUCAGAGAUGCAUCCAGGUUCUUCGGGGCCUGAGAGAUCUCUACCCCGCCGCGGACAUGGAAGUCGCCAACAUUGAAGCCGCAGUCAAAGUGCAGUCCGAUAGUGUUGGCACUUUCCUCAAGAUCAUGGAAUACAGCAAUGUUAGCAUCGACCAGCUCCAACCCCCAGAGCCGCCGUUACGGAGACGAAGCUUCGAUGCAAACAUGCAUACGGCUUUUUCGCCAGAAAAUAGUUCAUCGGAUCGGCGAGGGUCCUUCGUGGGAGCAAACCCCCAGCAAAGGUCCGAGUUGGAUGCGCAGCGCAAAGAACACCGCGCUGAGUCCUUACAAACGAAGAGACACAGCAUUGCAACCUCUAUCUCCCGACCUUACAAUGAACCGGAAAAUACGAACCGGCAACAACAACCUACGCCUACAAAUGAUUUUGACGACCACCUCAACAACUUCCCUUCGCCUCAAACAAUCAGCUCAUUCAUUCCUGCGGAUCUGCUGCGCAUUGACAUCGACUCCUUCCCUGAUUUCCUGCCUCUAGACACGAAUAUCUCCUCAGUCCAGGAACUAGACGUGGACUGGACAGACGAACUCCUAGGAGGCCCAGAGCUAAAUGCAGAUUAUUCCGGGACAGGCUCGGUAGGCCAUAGUCAUUGCGGUAUCACUGGCGAUUUAGACACGGAUCUGGGUCUGGCACUUGAUUCAUCUUAA